AUAGCAAUGAAACACCAAACAUAUGUAUAAACUCUUAAUCUUAUCAAUAAAUAGCAAUGAAACACCAAACAUAUGUAUAAACUCUUAAUCUUAUCAAUAAAUAGCAAUGAAACACCAAACUCAUGUAUUUUAUUGCAGAUUUCUUACUAAACCUAACCAAAACACAUACUACAAAAUAGUAAUAAAAUAAGUGCUAAAGAGGAAUGAAAAAUGAGGUAAGGAUAAAAUAGUAAUUUGAAAUGCAAGACACAAUCCCAAGAGAGAGAGACAGAACAGCACUGGAGUUGCUUGCAGCUGAUUCAAGCUUCCCUUUUAAACCGCCGUUUGUCAAUUCGUCGCAUGUCUACAUUCAUGUGACGAAAUUCGUCGCUUUUUCAUUCUCAUGAAAAUGACGAAUGCUUAUGAAUUUUGAUACUUCUUCAUACUAGUAACUAGCCACAUUAUUAGUAUUAUAUAGUUAAAACUCUUGACGCGAUUCUUCAUUUUUUCAUUCUAGUUAAUUUUUCUUCAUUCUCUUCGAUUCGCAUUGUAAAUCCCCAAACUAAACCCUACAUUUUCUUCAUUCUUCAAUAAGGUACACUACUUUUUCUAUUUCUCUUUUUUACUUCAAUGUUUUUUUUUGUUUGUGAAUGACGAUGAUGAUCCAGUAACGAAACCCUAGUGAGAGAUAAUAGAUAUUAUCUAUGGAGGGUGGUGAGAGAAUCGGAGAAGAUAUGGAUCUCGUUCAUUCUGAAAAUGCUGCUGCUGCUGCCGCUGUUGGUGUUGGUUCCGUUUCUCAGGAUCAAGAAAUGGUUGAUCAAGCUGAUGCUGAUACAACAAUUUCAAAUGUCCAUUCUACCCCUACUCCUCAGGCUAAAGUUAAGAAUGUGACAGAAAUGAAUAAUCAUAGUGUGAUAAACAGUGCUGGCGAGAUGAGUGGUUAUGAUGAGACUGGUACUGCUAUGGAACGAGAAGCGUUUAUGAAAGAGCUUGAGAGUUUUUAUAGAUCGAGGUCGUUAGAAUUUAAGCCUCCUAAGUUUUAUGGAGUGCCGUUGAAUUGUCUCAAGUUAUGGAGAGCUGUUAUCAAACUGGGUGGCUAUGAAUUGGUAACUGGAUCGAAGUUGUGGCGGCAAGUAGGAGAGUCUUUCCACCCUCCUAAGACUUGCACUACAGUCUCAUGGACGUUUAGAAUCUUUUAUGAGAAGGCGCUUUUAGAGUAUGAAAAGCAUAAGAGAGAGACCGGGGAGCUACAGCUCCCUGUUGGAUCACUCCAUCAACCUUCAAGUGUGGAAAAAGAGACCACUGUUUAUCAGGCUCCAGGCUCAGGUAGAGCACGAAGGGAUGCAGCAGCACGUGCAAUGCAAGGUUGGCAUGCUCAGCGCCUUCUUGGAUAUGGUGAGGUUGCUGAGUCAGCUGUUAAGGACAAGAACUUCAGUCCUACACAAAAACGUGAAAAGAACCUCAAAAGUAUUGGUGUGAUCAACAAACAGAGGAUGCCAUCUGGUAUGGACCAUGCUGACAAAACUGCAAAUAUAGAAGGAGACAGGCAAUUGGUCACUGCAGUAGUGGAUAUUGGACCCCCAGCUGACUGGGUUAAGAUCAAUGUGCGGGAAACGAAGGAUUGUUUUGAAGUGUAUGCGCUGGUUCCUGGGCUCCUUCGCGAGGAGGUGCGAGUUCAAUCCGAUCCAGUUGGACGACUUGUUAUAACUGGUACGCCAGAACAUGUUGACAAUCCAUGGGGUAUCACCCCCUUCAAAAAGGUUGUGAACUUACCUUCGCGAAUUGAUCCACUUCAGACAUCUGCCAUUGUUAGUUUGCACGGCCGACUAUUUGUACGCGUUCCUUUUGAGCAGGGAGCUGUAUGAUUUUUAUUUCCCCCCCUUGAAUGUUUGGUUUCUCACAAUUCCUCAAAAUGAGUAAAGUUUUUAUAAACAAUCAAGGCAUGGUUAUGGUAGGAACUAGUCUAGAGUUCUGUUGGAUUAGUUCAAACUAAUGUCCAACUUUACUAUCAAUAAUUUAUUUUCGCUACGGUAAAAUACCCAAAUGCACUGAGCAAUAAGCUUGAUUUUCAAAUGUUAAGAUCCAAUUUUGCCUUUAUAAAAGUAUAAAAACAAAACAAUUUUAUUUA